AUGGAAAAGUAUAAUUUAUCAUUCAUCGAAUUGGAUGAGAAUCAAAAUCACGAAGAUUUUGUCAUUGUCUGGCUUUCAUUGGAUGAUGUUCCAAAUUCAACAACAAAUUUUAAAAACUAUUUAAAGAAAUAUGAUUCAUGUGAAGCUUGUAUAAAUUACAUGAGAAAUUUCAGAAGCGAACGUAAAAUUUUUCUCGUCUUAUUGAUGGACGUCGAGUAUUUAUCGGUUUUUGAAGAAUUAUCGCAAAUUCAAUCAGUUUAUAUUUUAAAGAAUUACAAUAAAAAUUUUCGAUUCAAUACACAAGAUCAUCCAAAGUUAGUUGGUCUAUUCGAAAAUAUAGAUGAAUUAAUCAGCCGAUUACGUAAAGAUAUAAUAUUAACUUAUAAAAGCGACAUAUCAACAAAUACAUCUACUCUAAAUGAAAACAAGAUUGAACAAUCGUUAACAAAUUUACAUUGCAAUACUUUAACAAUAUUGUGGUAUCAUUAUUUUAUUUGUUAUUUAAUAAAAUAUCCAAGUUUUAACAUGGAAAAAUUGAAACAACUUAUGAUAAAACGAUGUCGAUUGGAAUAUGAAAAUAAUAAAAGCGAAUUAAUAAAAAUCAAUGAUUUUGAUAAAGACUGUUCAAACGAUAAUAUUUUAAAUUGGUAUACAAAAGAUUCAUUUGUAUAUCGACUUUUAAAUAAAGCAUUUCGUACAAGAAAUAUGAAUUUUAUUUGUCAAUUUCAAUAUUUUUUCAUCGGUUUAUAUCAGAAAUUUCAAGAAUUAUCAAAAAAACAAAAAGAAAUAUAUCCUUUGACUGUUUAUCGAGGGCAAAUUCUUAAUAUAAAUGAUCUUAAACGAUUACAAUCAAAUGGUGAGCCUCUUAUUUCAAUAAAUACAUUUCUGUCAACAUCACGUAGUGAAGAAGUUGCUCGUUCAUUUAUUUUUGAUGCUCCACUAAGUGUUUUAUUUAAAAUUAAUAUUAAAAAUAUAACUAAUAAUAGAUUUCGACCAUUCAUCGAUAUUUCUAGUUAUAGUUCAAUGCCAUACGAACAAGAAAUUUUAUUCUUUGCUGGAACUAUUUUUUCUGUUGAUUCGAUUCAACAAGAAAAUAAUUCAACAUGGAUUAUUGAACUUACUUUAAACAAUGAAAUAUGUGAACAUAUUGAAGAUUUGAUUGAUGAUUUUCAAAACCAUAUUCCUCAUUUUAAAAACAACCAUUAUUUAUUUAUGAAAACAGAUGAUUUCCGUAUGAUUAAACAAUAUUAUCAUAUAUUAACAAGGGAAGAAUUCUCUUUAAAUAAUGUAUCUAUAAAUAUGAUAUAUAUUCAUGUUGCUUUUAUAUUUAGUAAUUUAGGAUGUUAUGAAAAAGCAAUUGAAUUAUAUAAUAAAUAUCUUCUCAUAAACUAUGUUUCUAUUGAUAAUCCUCAAGCAAAAGUUAUUCAUAUGAUUAUCGGUUAUCUUCAUUAUCAUCUUUCUGUAUACGAUAAUGCUUUUAUUCAUUACGGUAUUGUAUUAUCGUUAUUAGAUGAAACAAAUUUAUUAUCAAUUGAACUGUACAAUCAUAUUGGUGAUGUUUGGAAUAAUAUGGACAAUAUCGAUCAUGCAAUAUCAUGUUAUCAGCAAGCAUUAAAUAUCGGAAGUGCAAAUGAUAUUGUUCGAUCUGAUAUUGAUCAGAAAAUAAAUGAUUUACAUUUAAAAAAGAAAAACUUAAUUGAGAAUUCUAUUUAUGAAAGGCAAAUAAAUGAUAUUGAUGAACAUCAUAGAUCAAUUAUAAAUCCAGAUAAUGAAACACAAUUGAAAAAUUAUCAAUGUCAGCUAAAUGAUGGACAUAAUCUUACAUCAGUUCAACGUAUUGAUGUGUUUUAUCAAAUUGGUAUAUGUUUAAUGAGAAAAGGUGACUCUCAUCAAGCUUUACAAAUCUUUUCAAAAGCGAAACAGAUGAUUAUUAGUGGACAGUUAGAUAAUGAAAUUAAUUCUAAAUCAAUUCGACAUGUUGAUUUAUCAUAUCAAAUUGGCUUAUGUUUGAUGAACAAAGGUGAUUUUCCUCAAGCCUUAAAUAGUCUUUUAGAAGCUGAACAGAUUAUUAUUAAAGAUCCUCCAGUAUGGGAUCGAUUUCCUCAAUUACUUGCAACACUUUAUGAUAAUAUUGCUAUACUUUAUUUUCUUUUACAUGAACCUUUUCAAGCGCUAUUUAUGUGGAAGAAAUCUAAUGAUAUUAAAACAAACUUUUCUUACGGUUAA